AUGCCUGUCAAACACAUCGCGUUCCGACAAUUGCUCACCCUCAAAACGGAUUGCCUUCUUCCUACAACCCAGAAGCCAUACAUCAAGUCUAUUUCAGGUGGCCAGGAUAUCUCAAUUGAAGGACGCCAGAAUUCAUUCACGCAUGCAUUUGUUGCAGAGUUUGAGAGCGUAGCAGACCGGGAUUACUAUGUGCGAGAGGACCCCUACCAUGCCCAGUUUGCACAGGGUCUGGGGCCUCUACUUGGCGGUGUGCAGGUGUUGGACUUUUUUGUCCCUGAGUAG